AAUCUGGUCCUCAUUUCCCUGGUCUGUAUCCUGGAGCACCUUGGGUCUUAGGUCCUAAAGCCCCUGAGCUCUUGGAGAACUAGCCACCAGGGCAGCACUAUUUUAGGAGGGAGAGGGGAGCCAUCCCUUCAUUCUUGCUGAAGCCUCGGUCUUGGGGAUACUGUCGCUAGGAGUUUGAUUCCUGGCCUAGUGCUGCUUGGGGAUCAGCUGUCAGUCACCAUCAAGGCAGGGGCUUUAGGGACCUACCCCAGGUCUGUGCCCUUUUAGAGAGGGGAGUUAAGAGCCAGGUGGUGCAGAGUCCCAGUGGGCCCUGGGCCAGGACUGUGAUUGGCCUGCUUUGGGACAAUGCCACUGUGAUGUCGGCCCACUCCCCCUGUGAAAUGGAGGCUCCUCAGCCCCAGGGGUCAGAAGCUGCUGUCUAGACACAUAUCAUGGUGAGUCCAAGACCCUCUUGCCUCUGGCCCUUAUAUUUGUGCCUAAAUCCAGAGAUUUGCCCAGAGCUGAACUCCAAUUCUGAGAAAGGGUGGACAAUGGCUUACAAGCUCCCAAAUGGAAUGAGGAAAGCUUUCAGAGGACUCUGGCCAAGAGUAAAUCCAGGCCAAGACCAGCUCCUAAAGCUGGGGAUUAGUAUUCAAAGGUCUUGACCCUCACAGCUGCCCCCUCAAAGUGAGUGCUGACCCACCCCUCCACUCGAGGCUCUCACGUGGCCCACCUCCCUACCCAAAGCUUGCUGGGGUCUCCCUCUUGGCAUAUAGAAUGGGGUGACCAGAUUCUGGUCCCUGCCAGCCUCUGAUGCUGGCCUGGCCUUUUCAGAGUGGCGGGUAUGAUCUCAACCUCUUCACCAGCCCUCCCGACAGCAACUUUCUGUGCUCUGUCUGCCAUGGAGUUCUCAAGAAGCCAGUGAGGUUGCCAUGCAGCCACAUCUUCUGCAAGAAGUGCAUUCUCCGGUGGCUAGCCAGACAAAAGACCUGUCCGUGCUGCAGGAAAGAGGUGAAACGGAAAAAGAUGGUCCGUGUGAAUAAACUCCGAAAGACCAUUGGCCACCUGGAAGUUAAGUGCAAGAACGCUGAAGCUGGCUGUUCGGUGACGUGCACCCUGGCCCAUCGCAAGGGGCACCAGAACUCAUGCCCUUUCGAGCUAAUGGCCUGCCCCAACGAGGGUUGCAUGGUGCAAAUACCGCGUGGGACCUUGGUGGCACACCUGCAGCACUGCCAGCAUGGGACCCAGCAGCGCUGCGCCCUGGGCUGUGGUGCAAACCUGGGCCCAGCGGAGCAUGGACCCCACAACUGCCACUGUGAGCUGCGCGAAGCCUGGGGCCAGCGCCAGGAUCGCAGCCAGACCCUGGUGCUGUGCCUGCUCCAGCACGUGCGCAAGGUGCACCGCACCACCACCCUCAUCUGCUGGCAGUUGGCCCAACUAGGGAACUUCCUGGAGAAUGACGCACUGCUCCUAGGUGCACAGCAAGAGGCUGCCCCUGCGCAGCAAGAGGAUGCCCCUGCGCAGCAAGAGGAUGCCGAGGCCACCCCGGAAAGCAGCAUUGGGGCUGAGGGGUGGGGGGUCCAGGACCAGAGUACCUUGUAAAUUGAGGGAUAAAUAAACACGAGCCCUGAACUGGCUUGCUCCCGCCAUCUCUGUGCUUGCAGCCCUCCGCCUCUGCAGGCACUACUCCCUUCACCCUGCAGGGACACUUCGGCCUCUCUCCCUCC